AUGGCGGCAGUUCCAACCCGGACACCAGGUCGGGGACAUCCACGAUACGACAUAUCCAAGAGACAUGCCAGCCCGGGUCUUCAGUCAAAGCUGAACCUUGACGCAGAAACAAGAAUCUUGCUUCGUGACAUUGUCACACAAAAUCAGUCGCCGUUUGCACUCCUCAAUUACGGGAACCGUUUGGUCGGGAAGCACAACAUGGCAACAGCGGCAUCGAUGCAGUCAAACGCCAGAUUUCGCGCAUGCAAAGCUCCGUCUCGUCUGUCAUUGUGGCCUGACAAACGGAUCUGGUGUACCUACGACUGCUCAGAAGAUGCCAAGUCAUGGUGUGUAGGACCGGGAAGAGGCAUCACCUCCAUCAACCCUUCGAAGACAAUGCAGAAGAAGCCUCUCGCCAUCUCUCUUGCGUACGUAGACACGACAGCGAGCUCCAGGGUGCGUGCAGGGCCACCAGCACCAAUCAUGAUAGCCCACACACACCUGCCCGCGCACAUACACACAACCAUUUCAGGUUCAAUCUGCGCUUUCUUUUCGAGAACAAUCCUUGACCUCCCUGGCGAAGGCAAGAUUCGUUUUUCCAUGUCUAUGCGCCCUGGUCACAAAUCAAUUUUCCGCCCGCUGGCCAAGGACGAUGUUGAGCGUUUGACGGACAAACCACCUCCACUACGCGCUAGAUCUAUCCUUGCUACCCGAUCCGCCAGUGGGCUGCCGCUAUGCCUAAGAAAGAUCCGGUUCUGCAAUGCUGGUUGCCGUUCACCGCCACGUUGGGUUUUGUUUGUGUCACCGACAAUUUGGUGCUCAGAUCGAAUCCUUUUCGAGGCGGGACGAAGGAGUGCACAUAUCACGAGAGCAGCUUUUCUGCCCCAGGAUAGCCUGAGCUUCACCAAACAUUCACAACCCAACGCUGGACAAUGGGCUACCCGUCCACCUGUUGUGAGGAAUAUGCUCAUCCGUCUGUUCCUCUUCGCAGAUCGCUUCAUGACGUCGGUAUCAGUCAUGGUGCGGGAGCAACCAGAAAGGCAGCUCCGGGACAGGGAUCUCCACAGGCGCAUAGCCAGCGCAACACCUCUGGCUAUAUCACGCUCUGCUAAGGAGUCCGGAAGACGUACCGACUACGAAGAUGGAAGUCCCCUCGCCCGUUACUACCCUUGCCCUUGUUUCCAAUCUAUUGCCGGGCCACCAUGGGGGCUAGGGAGUACGAUGUGCCUGCCGUGCCAGGUAUCUGUAGCAUGUCUCGCCUUUUGUGAUGGGAUGAGAACCCGCAAGGCUGGGUUCCCCCUCGAGACGACCUCCUGCUAA